AUGGACUAUAUUGUAUGCGCCCACAAGGCCAUUGACCAGGACAGCGUGGCGGCACAGUUACAACCGGUGAUCGAUGAUACCAGGUCUACAAUUGUGAUUAUCCAGAACGGUGUCGGCAAUGAAGAGCCAUUUCGAAGGAAAUUCCCCCAGUGUUCUAUCCUGACCUGCGUGACAUGGGUAGGAGCCACGCAGACGAGUCCUGGCAUUGUCAAACAUACCAAAUCCGAGGACAUGCAGAUCGGCCUCUUCCCAAAUUUACAGAUCGAUGACAAAGUCGAGCUCCAGCGGCUGGAGAGAUUCGCAGACCUGCUCCAGCACGGCCAGACGCGGUUCCAGAUCUUGGAGGAUAUGCAGCGGCAGCGGUGGGAGAAAGUAGUCUGGAACGCUGCAUGGAACUCGCUUACCACCCUGACCAUGGUGGACACGCAAACCUGGCUGCACUCCUCUGAGGAUGCUACGCCCUUCACCCGACAGGUUAUGCGCGAAGUUAUCAACAUUGGUCGCGGCUGUGGGGUGCCACUGACCGAGGACCUCAUUGACCAGCUAAUGGGAAAGAUUAACGCAAUCCCGGGUAUUGGUAGCAGCAUGCAAACGGACUGUAAGAACGGGCGACCGAUGGAGAUCGAAGUGAUCUUGGGCUUUCCUGUGCGAAAAUCGCGAGAGUUAGGGAUUGCGGCCCCGUUUCUAGAGACUCUCUAUGUCAUCUUGCGGGCAAUCGACGGCCGAUUGAAGGCCGCAUUGUAG